CCUUGCAUGAUGGCCGAAGAAAGGGGAAGCCGAGGCCGCAAGGAAACUUCUGGGCUCCUUAUGUCCGUAAUUAGAGCUUUGUCAUCAAGCUCAAGUCUGGAACAGAGGGAGAAAGAAAAGCAAAGAGUGGAAAAAGAAUUUAGAGAAAGUGAUAGAAGGCUAGACAAUCUUGUAGCAGAAAACUAUGAAGAUUUGACAUCAAUUAUCAAGGCAUUCAGCACAAUAUCAGACAGAGUGCAAGCCUCCCGUGACAGAAUUGCCAAAGUAAAAGACAACUUGCUGUCAUGUAAGAACUUGCUGCACUGUAAACGAGAUGAGCUCCGUAAGUUGUGGAUUGAGGGAGUGGAGCAGAGAACUGUGGUGGAGAUGAUGGAAAGGAUAGAAAAUAUCAAAGAAGUACCAGAAAAGUUGAAUGGAUAUAUGGAGAAAAAGCACUACCUUCAUGCAGCUGAACUAAUCACAAAUGCUGUGUCCCUGCUGGAGGGUGACCUGGUGGAAGUUGAGGGAUUGAGAGACUUGAAGGUAGAUCUCAUCUCAAAGAAAAAGCACUUAUUCGAAGUAAUUGUUGAUGAGCUUCACACACAAAUCUAUGUGAAGACCACUGAGGCCAAAUUUAAUCGUCAAGGCUCUGGGAGGAGGGACAAGAAAGAUGGCGGUGGCAUACAACGAGCGCUCGUCGGAAAGUUGUCCUCAGGAGGUCAGAAUGAGCUACAGGUGCCAAGCAGCAGACAGGAGCCCCACCUAGUGGUGGAGGAGCUGGAUGUUGACCCGGAGGAGGACCAACCACAUUUUAUUGGAGUGUUAGUGGAAUCUCUGGCCAUACUGAAGAGGCUGUCAACAGCAGUGGAGGUUAUACGCCAUAGAAUGAAGCCAGAGCUUUUGGGUCUGAUUCACAGAGCUGCUCAGCAAAUUGUUGAAAUUGCAUCCCAGCAAGGAGAGAAUGUCUUGAAUCAGCAUCAACCACGCCAUCUACUGGAGCUUCUGGAGCUGGUGAUCAAACAGUUCCGCUCUGUGGCUCACACUCACCAGUUGGUGCUACAACACCUCAAGAGAACAACAACAUCUGCCUCUCCAGAUGAACCAGAUAUUACACUAUAUGGCAUCGUAGAAGUGUGGGGGAAAAUACAGGAAGCACUUCAGAUAUUUCUUGGGGACUACCUGGACAUGCGUAACACAGCAGCCACGCAACAGCAGACAGCCAGCAGCUUUGAGGAGCACACGGACAUAGCAUCUUAUUUUGCCAGGAGGAGAACUGCCAAACCAAAGAAGGCUCCAUUGUUUAGAUUUGAAGCUUCCUCUCAUGCUAUUAGCAUGCACAGUUACUUUGAAGAGCAGAAGCAGGACUUUUACGGCCCAGUUGAGGCCAUGCCCAGUAGCCCAACAAGGGGAGCUCCAUAUAAACAGACAUUUGUUUGUAAGCCUACAGCCAACAACAUUACAGAAAACUAUGAAGAUUUGACAUCAAUUAUCAAGGCAUUCAGCACAAUAUCAGACAGAGUGCAAGCCUCCCGUGACAGAAUUGCCAAAGUAAAAGACAACUUGCUGUCAUGUAAGAACUUGCUGCACUGUAAACGAGAUGAGCUCCGUAAGUUGUGGAUUGAGGGAGUGGAGCAGAGAACUGUGGUGGAGAUGAUGGAAAGGAUAGAAAAUAUCAAAGAAGUACCAGAAAAGUUGAAUGGAUAUAUGGAGAAAAAGCACUACCUUCAUGCAGCUGAACUAAUCACAAAUGCUGUGUCCCUGCUGGAGGGUGACCUGGUGGAAGUUGAGGGAUUGAGAGACUUGAAGGUAGAUCUCAUCUCAAAGAAAAAGCACUUAUUCGAAGUAAUUGUUGAUGAGCUUCACACACAAAUCUAUGUGAAGACCACUGAGGCCAAAUUUAAUCGUCAAGGCUCUGGGAGGAGGGACAAGAAAGAUGGCGGUGGCAUACAACGAGCGCUCGUCGGAAAGUUGUCCUCAGGAGGUCAGAAUGAGCUACAGGUGCCAAGCAGCAGACAGGAGCCCCACCUAGUGGUGGAGGAGCUGGAUGUUGACCCGGAGGAGGAUCAACCACAUUUUAUUGGAGUGUUAGUGGAAUCUCUGGCCAUACUGAAGAGGCUGUCAACAGCAGUGGAGGUUAUACGCCAUAAAAUGAAGCCAGAGCUUUUGGGUCUGAUUCACAGAGCAGCUCAGCAAAUUGUUGAAAUUGCAUCCCAGCAAGGAGAGAAUGUCUUGAAUCAGCACCAACCACGCCAUCUACUGGAGCUUCUGGAGCUGGUGAUCAAACAGUUCCGCUCUGUGGCUCACACUCACCAGUUGGUGCUACAACACCUCAAGAGAACAACAACAUCUGCCUCUCCAGAUGAACCAGAUAUCACACUAUAUGGCAUCGUAGAAGUGUGGGGGAAAAUACAGGAAGCACUUCAGAUAUUUCUUGGGGACUACCUGGACAUGCGUAACACAGCAGCCACGCAACAGCAGACAGCCAGCAGCUUUGAGGAGCACACGGACAUAGCAUCUUAUUUUGCCAGGAGGAGAACUGCAAAACCAAAGAAGGCUCCAUUGUUUAGAUUUGAAGCUUCCUCUCAUGCUAUUAGCAUGCACAGUUACUUUGAAGAGCAGAAGCAGGACUUUUACGGCCCAGUUGAGGCCAUGCCCAGUAGCCCAACAAGGGGAGCUCCAUAUAAACAGACAUUUGUUUGUAAGCCUACAGCCAACAACAUUACAGCCAUCUACAAUCCCCUACAACAAUUCAUACAAGAGAUUGAGGCUGCCACUGGGUGUCAGGCAGGUGCGUCUCCACUGCAAUCUUUCAUCACAGAGUUUGUGAAGAAAACAUUUUUGGGACAGGUGCAUUACAAUAUCAUGAGUGAUAUUGCCACAGCAACCAAAGGAACUGAGGGAAAGGGUUUUGAUGCCAUGCGGUUUGUUACUGAUCAGAAGACUCAGAAAGAACUAAAUGUUCCCAAGCCUCUGCUACAGAGCACUGUGGCAGUGUACAGCUGUAUCCAGGAUCUUCACCAUCUGAUGCAGGAUCUGCCAGACUAUGGAGACCAGUUCUUGGAUCUCAUAGGAAAGAUACUGAAAGAUUACAAGGACACUUGUCAAAUGGCCUACAUAGAUAUAGUGCAGCCUGAUUCUGAGGAUAACCGUAUCAUUAGUGCUAUGUGGGCCAAAGAUGAAGAUAUCAGUAGGUUACUCAGGUCCCUGCCAAACUGGCUGUACCUGCAGAAUGAAAAGGAACUUAAGCCAGUGGAUCUGCAUUUCUCAGAGGCAGAUAUGAGAGCCAUGAAUUCCAAGGAGUCUGAGAUCCUCACUGGAAAUCUGUCUUCCUCCGAGACUACCAUUCCACUCCAUGAGAUUAUUUCUGACUCCUCACAGCUUAGAACACUGGGGAACCUGCACGAGAGUCUGGAAUGGUUUUCAAACAAAAUGAAAGAAUUUGUCCAUAAUCUGCCAGCUUCACCAAGAGUAGCUGUUGGGAAGGGAUGUCAGUUCUCUAAAGAAACAAUGCAGUCUCUUCUCACCCUAGCUCAAGAUUUCCAGGAGUUGGCAGAUAUGUGUUUGUUGGUGCUACAUUUAGAAGUUCGUGUUCACUGCUUUUACUACAUUAUUCCAGUGGCAAAAUCGUCCAACUACUCUGGUGCUUUAGAUGACAUGGACCCUGACGCCAAUGUGCUAAAACUAAACAAAGAUUUGACAGGUAUCGAGGAGGCCAUGUCGCAGAGUCUGCAGCCACGGAAGUUCAUGUAUAUAUUUGAUGGUCUUGGACACCUGAUUGCCACCCUCCUGAUCAGCAGUGCACAGUUCCUCACUAGGAUCAAUGAGAAUGGAAUUAAGAAGAUGUGCAGGAAUAUCUUUGCCAUGCAGCAGAAUCUGAGCAACAUCACCUCCUCUAGAGAAGUUGAUCUAGACAGAGCGCGCCAGUAUUAUGAACUGCUACAUUUAAGCCUCGAGGAGAUCUUAACAUCUAUAGUGGAACAGGGUCCUCAGUUCUCCGAGUUGGAGUAUACCCACAUCUUCAGCCUAAGGCAAAGGAGCAGACCAGGAAGUGAUCCCAAAGUUUUCAAAGGGAAAUUAGACAAACUGAAAGAAGUUUUGAGAGAGCAUCACGUGUAGCCUUUUGAGGUCUUUAAUUUUAUUCAUCAAACCUUCGGAUUUAACUUGAAGAACGCCUUGUAUGUGCUUGAUUAAAUUUUGCACACCAUUUUUAUAACUGUCACUUUUUCUGUGCAAGAUUGAAAUCCUCUUGUCAGAUUGGGGCAAUUUACGUCUACAGCAUACAAGAAGUGGCGAUCCUCAGCUCAUAUUUGUGGAUGUUAAAUCUACAGAACUCAACAAGAUCAAACAACAAGAUUGCAUCAAAGUGAAGAUCAUGGUUACGAAUAGGCAUGCUGUUGCAUGGAUUUACAAUUUUGUUUUACAGUUACUUCAUUGUAGGGUUGAAAAAAGUUGCAAAUUGUUGUAUAAUGUGUGCUAUCCAGUAUGAUGAAGCCCUUUUUAAGGGCAGAAUGUCACUGGAACUGCAUUCCUACCAUGUUUCUAGUAUAGUCAGGCGGUUAAGUCCAAAUUAUAUCCAGAAUUGUGCAAAAGAUGAUAAAAGCAUGAAACUUUCCA